AUGGAGCCAUUAGAUCAAGCACAGAGUGAUCUUAUUCCCGGUGCACGCGCUGAGGAAGCACGUACACAAAUUAUUGAUGGCUACGACAUCUACCUGAAAGCUCUCCUCGUUGCAAAUUGUCCUAGGCUUCGAGACGUCAAGUUUGUCAUGACGGCGCGGGAUGGGACGGUAUCGAGGUCAUGUCUCGACUGGCUUCAAACUUUUAUCAACGACUCUCACAACAAGAAAACUUCUUGGGGACCUGGCCUCAAAAAUCUUCGUUCAGUCGCUGUUGGUCUGCCCACCGGAACUUGGAUGGAUGCGGCCUAUCAUCCCAAUACCUGGCCUUGCAACACAGGAUUUCUUGUUCAGUUCCUCCGUCUCCCAAACCUCGAAAAGAUAUACUUUAGAGAUUGCGUAGGUGAUUUCCAAGACAGGACGCCCUGGAGGAACCUUCUACCUGCUGGAACCUCCCCUGUCAAACAUCUCUUCCUGGACAGUUGUGGGGAAUUUGGGCAAGAAUUCCUCACUGCUCUUACUGCCGUCCCAUCAGGACUCAUCACAGCCUGUUUCCGCGCCGGCGAGGCUCCUCGACUCGAAGACGCGGACGAACUCGUUCGCAAUCUCGGCACCUACCAAGGGAACACCCUGGAAAGUCUGAUGUUCUAUGACUAUCAUGACAAUCCCCAUAAGAUCCACGGCGACCGCUGCGCAGCCUUCCGCCCAGAAGAACUCAGCAACAUGAGGAAAUUAAAGCACCUCUGCAUGGACAUCCAAGACAUUGAGCUCGAGGCCUGCUACCAGAGAGACGACAGCGCAGAAGAUUGGGAGAGCGACGGAGCGUAUCUGGAACGCUGCUUCCUGGAGAGCGUAUGUAACUACGAAGCCCUAGUUCUGUGGGGAUCGCUCGGCGGAUCUCACAUCAAAUGGGAACCGAACGAGGAACAGGGCUUUGAAGAUGCCAUUAUCUCUCUGAUCGGAGGACGACCUAGACGAAAAGAUACUCACACAAAUGAGAGAAAUCGCAAGUAUAAUACACUGUCUCUGUUUGGAGUCCCAGGGUCCGGAAUCGGAGCGACGAAAGCUGUGUAUCUGGAGAACGUGGAGAAAAGCAGUGGGCCCAUUACUACUUUUAGUCCUGGGCGCGGAGGAGAACCCUCGCCGAACGAAAAGAGCAAGGUCUGGUUCCGUCGCGCGAUCGAAGUAGCGAGGAAGAGGGGCAGGGAUCUGCAUACGCUCACGAAUCGCACCAAGCCGCGCCAUCAGAUUGAGUUUCCUGAGGCGCCUGAUAAGUACGACCUCAAGAGCGGUCCGUGGGGUGAGAGACCAGCAGAUUGGGUCUUCAAUGUGUAUACGGGUCGUAGGGAGCCCAAAGGCUGUGGCAAGUGUGGGAACUGCGAUGUUUGCUUUGGGUAUUACAGUAAGGAAAUGUGGGAUGGGCUGGACAAGGAGCUGAGAAGAGUGAGGUAUGAUGGGAGAGAUGAGAGUUAG